AUGGCCAUUACUCUGACCCUCCCCGACGCAUACGGCUUCGUCCUGGCCGCCGCCACGUCCACCUUCUUCGUCAACGCCCUGCACAUGGCCCGCACAGGCAAGUUCCGCAAGGAGAGCAAAAUCACCUACCCCAACUGCUACGCCUCCCACGAGCAGGCUGAAAAGGAUCCUGCUGCAUACAAGUUCAACUGCGCUCAACGUGCCCACGCCAACUUCAUCGAGAACCAGCCCUCAGCCCUCGGCGCCCUCUUCAUCGCCGGCCUUCAAUUCCCCCUCGCCGCCGCCAUCCUCGGCGCGAGCUGGUCUUUCGGCCGCACCCUCUACCUCUACGGCUACACCAGCAACGCCGGACCCAAGGGCAGAGCUUUCGGUUCUUAUUUCGCGGGAGCGGCAGAUUUGUCUCUAAAGCUCAUGGCCGCUUACACCUCCGUCGUCUUCAUCUUGGGCAAUUGA